CUGCCCCCCACAGGGCUCUCCGCUGUCCCCUCCGUCCCUCCAUGGCACUGUGGCCAUGGUUUGGCACUGUCCAUGCACGACGCUUUGUCUGGGACUGUGUCACCAAGCUGUCACUCCCCUCUGCUUCAGGAAGACACAGAGAGUUGAGAACAUGGAGUGGAGCCAACCAGCACCCACUCGGUGGCAGGAAGAGAAUAGAGACAAAUCAGGCUCCUCGGCCCGAUCAACACCAUCGAACCCAGUGCAUGUCUGCUCCGGAUAUAUCUUUGCUGCCCUUGCAGCUGUGGUUUGCAAACCAACCCGUUACGUAGCAUCUGCUUCCUCCUUCCGGUGGCUGGAAAGCCCCAUCCUCGCGUGUCUCAGUGACAUCCGCAAGACGGUCACGCUUCAAUGUCACAUUUUGCCUGUGUCCACGGUGGAUGAGGGCGGUGCAUGGACGAGAGGCAGAGGAGAAAGAGGAAGGACCUGGUGGACAUCCUGCUGCGGUGACGUGUGGCAGGGCCAGCCCUGCCUGUGACACUCUUGGGGACGCGGAUUUUGCAGAGGCCACCCCACAGAUAUGGCCCAGCUCGUGACAUCACCUGGCUUUGCUGGGUUUGGUGUCACCCUCCUGCUUGGCUUGGCCACACAGCUGCCCCUGGCACACAGCAAAGGGCGGGCAUUUUGGCACCUGACCCCCCGUGAAGAAGCUGAGUGCCCCGACGCCUCUCUGGAAUCUUUCCUCAACAGCACCACCACCACCAUCCUCCUCCCCACCCUCUACUCUGUGGUGCUGUUCGUGGGGCUGCCUGCCAAUGCUCUGGCCUGCUGGGUCCUGGCCAGAAACUUCAGGAGGUGCUCCAGUAGCCUCUUCCUGCUCAACCUGGCCGCUGCUGAUCUCCUCUUCAUCCUUCUGCUGCCCUUCAAGAUCUCCUACCACCUCCUGGGCAACCACUGGCUCUUUGGGGACUACCUCUGCCGCACCAUGGUGGCCCUUUUCUAUGGGAACAUGUACACCUCCAUCCUCUUCCUCACCUGCAUCGGCGUGGAGCGCUAUGUCUCUGUGGCUCACCCGUUCCUCUGGAAGGGCUCCACGGGGACGUGGGGCAGGGCUGGUGUCUGCCUGACCAUCUGGCUGCUGGUGGUGCUGGGUGUGAGCCCGCUGCUGUUCUACCCACAGACAGAACACAUCUCGAAGCUGAACAUCACGACGUGCCACGAUGUCCAAGGGAAGGACAAUUUCUUCCGGCUCUAUUUCCUCUGCCUAGUGGGGCUGGGCUUUGGCGUGCCCUUUGUGCUCAUGAUCAUCUCCCAUGGCUGCAUCCUGGCUCGGCUGCUGGCCAAGCAGGAGAGCUACGGGCACGUGGUGCGUGUCCUGGCUGUGGUCCUGCUGGCCUUCCUCCUCUGCUUCACCCCCAGCAACGUGCUGCUCUUCAUGCACUACCUGCAGCAGGACACGGGUUGCAACAACAUCACCUACAGCUGGUACGCCCUGGCCUUGGCCUUCAGUGCUUUUAACAACUGCUUUGAUCCUUUCCUCUAUUUCUACAUCUCCAAGGAUUUUCGGGGCUGGAUAUGGGAGGCUGGCUGCUGCCUCUGUGGGCUGGGGACAAAGGGAGAAUGGAAGAAGACAGCCUUGCCCCUGCGGUCCAGUGAGCAGAGCCAGCUGUAGGCAGGGCUAGAGACACUGUGCCAUGCUCUCCAUGUGGAGAAGACCCUUCUGCAGUUCCAGCCCAGGGUUACCCCCAGCUGACCCUAUGCCAUUGGAAACAGCCCCAUAAGGGGCAGAGUCACUUCUCCAAGACCUCUGUUAUCCUCCUAUUGCUCCUAUUGCACAGUCCCAUCCCUGUAUCUGCCACCCCCAUCCUUGCCUGGUGCCCUCCUCACACACCUUGCAGUUACCAAACCCCUUAGAAUCCAAAUAAACCUUUAUUUCUCCCCGA